AAUUGACUGCACCCUAAAAAGCUCAAAACCGUAUAAAUCCUCGGUGGGUAUAUCCGAAGGAACGUGCCGAUAUGUUUUAGUGGUAUUCUAGGUGCCGUUGUGAAUUGUGAUUGUGUCCAUCUUAAACGUUUCGUCUUCAUAAUUAUAUAUGCGUAAUAUGUCUAGUGACAAUACAAUGCCUGAUAAUGAGUGUCAUCGUUGUUCUGCUGAAAAAAAGGAACCUGUGACACGCACGUGUGAUGAGCAGAAAGAAAUUCUCUCAUCGGUUGUUGACGAUUAUUAUCCUUGGGGAAAACCCGGACACGGUGCUCCCAACGACGAUGGUCUUCGAAAAAGGAAAAUAUUUGCAGAUCCUCCGUCUCCUCCUUGUAAGGAAAUUAGUAAUGAAGUGACAAAAAUGGGAAGACCAGGAGGCGGUGCACCACAAAAGACGUCGUCCGGCAAAAUGAAAAACUUCCGUAUCGAAGACCCACAACUUAGAUUUCAAUUUCAUGCUCCCGAUAGAAAUAUGGUUGACAAUGAUCUUCGAUACAGAAUGCCACUAAAAGACCAAAGAGCAUAUAAGUUGGAAUUAGAUGAAAUGGUCAGGGAAAAACAAGAAAUAGUAGAAGAAAACCGCAGAAAAGAAAUGAUCCAAGAUCAGAAAUUGAAUUCGAUCGCAGAUCCCUGGGGUACGCCAUGCCCAGGGGGUGUUAUUUGGAGAGAUCCAAAAAGUAUUGGAAAAAACUUCUUUCGAUCGUUGGGAUAUGUGGAUGGAAGGAUAUUAAAAUUGGGAUCGCAUCCAAACGACAACAAAGAAAGCACUGAAGAUAUUGAAGCGAUUACGGGUGGCAUAGAGUUAGCUCCGUUACUUGCGGCAAGAAGAAGACAUGACAAUAAAUGGCCAUUGCACACAAGCGACGUAACGAAAAUUUAUGAUCCUAAAUCAAAUUUCUUGAUAGAUGAAAAAGAAUAUCACAAAUUUCUCGAAAGACAAAUCAGUGGGCGAGAAAAACGCAAACAACACGAGCAUGAAGAAGAUAUACAAGAAGGACAAAAGCAUCAUGAAAAUUGGAAUGAAUUCUGGGGUAGACCUGGCGGUGGAGCACCAAAAGGAACAACGACACAAAAAGAAAAUCUUGAGUAUAUGCUAUAUCAGCUGCCUAUAAUCAACAGGUUAAAAGAAAAAGAAGAGAGAAAAAAUUGUGGCGAUUGCAAAAAAUUACCAGAAAAAUAAAUCAUUUUUUUACAGUUUAUCUCUGGCUCGUUUACAAUUUUGAGAUAUAUACCUAGUAAUUGUCCACAAUGGAAAUAGUGGUACAGCUAACAUUUUAUGUAAUGAGUUAACUUCUGGGUUAUAAUAUUUAGUUCAUAGAAUAAUGUUAUGAAAUUCUAUUUCCUCAUUUAUAAAAAUCUUUGUUGCACAUGGCCCAAUUUUAAAUUUUGUUCGACUUUAUAAAAUUAUACUUAGAUACCUAAUUAUCAUUCAUACAAUUUUUAAUUUCACGUUGAAAACAAAAUGAUAGAUAUACUUAGAAUCUGAGCAUUAGAUGCAUCUGAUGUAGGUAUUAGUUCUACUAUACGAUGAGAGUUCUUAAUUUUUUUUUAUAUUUUCUAUAUUUUCCGGACCUCCUUUUUUUGAGUCGGAUAGUAAUUAAUAGUAUUUAAAAAAAUUAUACAUUAUAAUAAAUUGCCCUUGGAUUGAAAAUUAAACACGAAUAAUUUUAAACUAUGAUUAUAAUCUUAAUUUGAAUGACCCUAAAAGACUUUCAUAGCGCCUAUAAGAUUGAAGAUUAAACUAAUAACUCAAAGAUUUCAAAAACAUUGAAAAUUACCUGUCUGACGAAAUGUUUUUGACCAUCUGCCCUAGUUCCUUUUUUUUUAUACAAUAUGAAUUUAUCAGUAAAAUUACACAAUUUACAAUGAUUUGAUCAAUUAUUUUAAAUUGUUUUUUAA